GUUUGGGGGCUUCAGCUGGCGCCACAUUUGAAUGGUUUGGUGGAGGCUGUGCUGGUCAUUAUGGUGGAGGGUCCGGGCUGUACACUGAACGGGGAGAAGAUCCGGGCCCGAGUAUCCCGGGGACAGCGGGUGAAGGCGGUGCGGGGCAGUGCAGCCGGCAGUGCGAAACCAGCGAGAGAUGCAGCACCUUGUCCAAAACAGAGUGCUCUCCAGUCUUUGGUAUCAUGCACCUUUACUGGAGUGGCAACUUUAGGAAAAGAACUGUUUAUAUACUUUGGGCUGAAAUCAUUACGAGUCCAUUUUGGAAUGAAUGGAUCAAUGCGCAUUAAUCCAGCAGAGAAAAAGGAUAGACGUGGAGCUCCAGCGGCUUUGGAAGUGCAGCUCACCAAGGACUUGAUUUGCUUCUUUGACUCCACAGUAGACGUCAGGAAUGCAUCAGAUUGUCAAGAAAAAGUCAACUAUUUCCAGGAUUUGGAUGUUUGCUCCCACAAGUUCAGUUUCUCUAGAGCAGAGAGUGAAGUUAAGAAGCAGGGCAGGCGCAUGCUGUGUGACGUGCUCCUUGAUCAGGCAGUGCUGCCUGGUGUUGGUAACAUUAUUAAGAAUGAAGUUCUUUUUGACAGUGGCCUCCAUCCAGCAGUCCAGGCCAGUCUUCUAACAGACAAGCAAGUGAGCCAUCUGGUGAAAAUGACACGGGACUUCACUCUCCUCUUUUAUAAGUGUCGAAAGACUGGCUCGGCUCUCUACAAACACUACAAGGUGUACAAAAAACCAGGCUGUGGCCAGUGUGGUACAAAAAUCACAGUUUGUCGUCUGGGAGAAAAUGACAGAAUGACCUACUUUUGCUCAAAUUGCCAAACGGAUAAACCUCAACAGGUUGAUGUAAGUAAAUUGCCAACAAGAAAUAGUAUUCUUGGAUGGGUAUGUAAACAAGACUCUCAAGACCACGUGGCCAAGAGUGAAGAAGAACAUUGGGCCUGUGAAGUCUGCACCCUCAUUAAUAAACCAUCGGACAACAAAUGUGAUGCUUGUCUCACUCCUAGACCGGAAGCUCCAGAAAAAUCAAGUUAUGAAGAUGACACCUUUGACUCGGACCUGAUGAAAUAUCCCUGUAAUAAUUUUGUAAAACCACUGACUGAAGUGAAGAUUAACAGAAAGACAGCUUUUGGAUUCACAACACUGGUAAUGAGUGAUUUUGGCGCAGGAAGUAACUCGUGUAAAGAGAAGCUAGGUCAAUUUAUGUCUCCAGGAGGUAUCACAAGUGUUAACAAUUACAACAACAUGCACAAAGUAUCCAGUAAGAGAAGGAGCGCCGACAAUGAAGAGUGGACAGAUUCUCUGAAUACAGUGACUAGAAGAACAGAUGCAGGCAAUGAUUCAUUCACUCAACAACAGAAGAAGCUGAAGACUAAACACCCAACCCCAAGUAACAGGAGCACUGCAGCCUCCUCUGUAAGUUCACCUCGUGUUAACAUGACAGGGGGCACGUCUCCACUGAACGCAAACAGCCCCCACUGCAGUAAGCAUAACCGUCCCUCUGUUCUUCAUGUUGUUAAAAAGGAUGGAGAGAACAAAGGAAGACAGUUUUAUAGUUGUUCUCUACCUGGGGAAGCACAAUGUGACUAUUUUGAAUGGGCUGAUCUGCAUUUUCCAUUCUGCGGUCAUGGGAAGAGAAGUAUAAUGAGGACAGUGCUGAAGAUUGGCCCGAAUAAUGGCAAAAAUUUUUAUGUGUGCCCUUUUGGUAAAGAUAAACAAUGCAACUUCUUUGAAUGGGCAAAACCCACCGAGUAACAGUCUGAGGUUUUUCUAUAUCUUAGAGCAUAUUCUAUUAUACAUUAGUGUAAUCUUUUCUUAUUAACGUCUAUUUUGAUAGUGUAUUCAGUACAUCAGCUUCUAAUUAAUAUUAUACAAUAAGCUUUAAUAGACAUUCCUCUCUAAUGGAUGCUUUUUACUUUUACAACUUCUUAACUGCCGAUAUGCCUUAGGGUCCUUAUUCUAGCCCUUAUUCUAAAAAUUGUGUUUUUACAGUGGGGCUUAAAUACGGCAGCGCUGCUCUGCUGUGUAGUAAGAAUGAUAGCUGGGUUCCUGCUGUAACUACCAGGAGAAGAGAAACCUCUGCUCUAGGUAGUUUAACACUUCACAUGAUACAGUCAAAUCACGACCGCGGCAUGUGAACAGUGCCGCUUACCUGCAGUAGCAGCCCUGGUGAUCCCUGGUCCUCCUAUCCUCUUCUCAGGUUCCAUGGCAGCCUUGGGUCUCGUGAAGGCCCCCAAUCUCGCCAUGAAUGUCUUUGUAUUCGGGCAUAAAGACCCGAAACAAUAAAAUUGCUAUAAUUUUAUCUUGCAAGUUGAACACUAUGGGGGGGAAAAAAAACAAUGAUUGUUGUCUUAUCUUAAAGGGGUAUUUCGGGGUUAACUAACUUUUACCUAUCCUGCCUAUUAUGAAUAAUUAUGCUAGUUUUAAAUUUACCUGGUAUACCCCUCUGCUGUGGAUAGUCUUCUUUUCAAAAAGUCCAAAUAAAAACAGGUUUUCCUGUUCAAAAUAAGCUCCAACAUAGUGUUGUCAGAUGAAAAAUAAAAAAAGUACUGUGGCAAGUCAUUUUUUUUUUUUUUUUUAUGUAAUAUUUUAUGGCUAGGAAAAAAAAACUAUUAAAAUUAAGUAUUGCUGUAAUCAUACUGACCCACAGAAUAAAGCAAUGUUAUUUUUACUGUAGGUAAAUUGCGUACAUUUAAAAAUGCAAACAAAAUUAACAAAAUUGCAUUUUUUCCAUUUGGCCAGCAAAAUGAGUUAAUAAAAAAUAAUGAAUAGGCUAUAUGAACCCCAAAAUGGUGGCAUUAAAAAGUAAAACUAGUCCCAACAAAAAAGCCCACAUUUGGCUUUGUUGACAGAAAAAUAAAGUUACAGCACUUGUAAGAUGAUCAUUGAAAAAUUUUAAAAAAAAUGAUGUGCAAUAAAUGGGAAACUGACAGGGUUAUACACAUGAUUAUGGUGUGGGUGAACCAUAUUUAAAAUGAGGUAUAAUUUAUCUGCACCCAUAGUCCCGUUCUGGAGAUAGAUCUGUUAUUGGCCUCCAUUGCUAAUAUGUUAAUCACAGGCUCUGCUCAAUGGAAGAGAGACCUGACAUACCCAACAUCUUUGCCGCUGUCUCCUCUGCUCCGAUAUGCUUGCCCACUUCAUGAAUAUUCAUGUACGACCCUUUGCCCAUGUGAGAGCUCUGUGGGCGGGCAUAUUGGAGUGCUGGUUUAUCUGCACGAUAGCCCUGGAUACUGGGUUUAGUGCAGGUGAACAGACUAAAGUCACCAUCUAGGGGCACUUGGUUUAGCACCUGUCUCUACUGUGGGUGUGGGAAAAAAAUGCUGCAAAAUAAGAUGCCUACCAUGAAAGAGGUGUCUGAUUGGGUUCACAAUUAUUUUGCAGCAGGACAGUGGGGGACAUUUAUCAAAUCCUGUGUAGAGGAAGAGUGGUGCAGUUGCCUGUAGCAACCCAUCCGGUUGCUUAUUUCAUUUUUCACAGGACUUUAAAAAAAACAUUUAAUAAAAGAAGCAAUCUGGUUGCUAAGGGUAACUCCACCACUCUUCCUUUGCACAGGUUUUGAUAACUCUCCCCUAAUGGUCCCCACCAUACAGCUAAUGUAAUUUAGAACUAUCUUCACCUUAAAGUCAUGUAUGCCUCCCAUAGGGCCCUGAUCUCACCAUCAUUGAGUCUGUCAAGAAUUACACAGAGACAGAUGAAUAUGUGCAAACCUACAUUUUACAGAAAGAUCUGUGGUUAGUUCUCCAGGAUGCCUGAAAUAACCUCCCUUCCAAAUUCCUUCAAAAACUGUGAUCAAUUGUACUUGGAAGUAUUGAUGAUGCUUUGAUUGGAAAGGGAGGUGACACCAAAUAUUGAUUUUGAUUUAGAGUUUUGGUCACUUUGUAUUUUGUUCAAUAAACUAUUUACACUUUUUUUGAAAGCAUUUUUAAUUUACAGCAUUUUCCCAUACUUACUUUUCGAAUGGUAUAUUAAUACUGUCCAAAUGUUUAAAAUGACAAACAAGACAAAUGAAGAUCUUUACUAUAUGGUCAUUGUUUCUUCUGACACUGGCACUAUUUAAGCAGGCGGCAAAUUAAACUAAUAAGCAAGUUCCAAAAACACCCUAAAUACUAAACGGCAACAACUGGAAAGUACUGUAUGCAGCCAACUACAACACAACUGCAGUGCAACCUGGUCAUGUAGUUGUUCCGUAAAUUAAUCUGCGCUAAUCAACAUUUUAUCAGGUGGCCAUAUAAUUUUUCAUAAUUUCUUAUGUCAUCCAGAACAAUAAACCACACCAAAUUCAUAGAAUGUGUGCAGUAAUAAGAUAUGUAUUAUGUAUCUUUUGUACUAAUAAAGACUUUUUGGUAAGCGCCCAUAAUGUGUCUAUGCUUAGAUCUUUUUUGUAGUUUUGUGCUUGGUUAAUAUAUACAGGGUGGGCAUUUAUAUGGAUACACCUUAAUAAAAUGGGAAUGAUUGGUGAUAUUAACUUCCUGUUUGUGGCACAUUAGUAUAUGUGAGGGGGAAAACUUUUUAAGAUGGGUGGUGACCAUUUUGAAGUUGGCCAUUUUGAAUCUAACUUUUGUUUUUUCAAUAGGAAGUGGGUCAUUUCACAAGAAAAACAAUGAUGUGCUUGGUUUUAACGUAACUGUAUUCUUUCAUGAGUUAUUUACAAGUUUCUGACCACUUAUAAAAUGUGUUCAAUGUGCUGCCCAUUGUGUUGGAUUGUCAAUGCAACCCUCUUCUCCCACUCUUCACAUACUGAUAGCAACACCGCAGGAGAAAUGCUAGCACAGGCUUCCAGUAUCCGUAGUUUCAGGUGCUGCACAUCUCGUAUCUUCACAGAAUAGACAAUUGCCUUCAGAUGACCCCAAAGAUAAGUCUAAGGGGGUCAGAUCGGGAGACCUUGGGGGCCAUUCAAUCCACUUUCCAGGAAACUGUUUAUCUAGGAAUGCUCGGACCUGACACCCCUAAUGUGAUGGUGCACCAUCUUGCUGGAAAAACUCAGGGAACGUGCCAGCUUCAGUGCAUAAAGAGGGAAACACAUCAUCAUGUAGCAAUUUCGCAUAUCCAGUGGCCUUGAGGUUUCCAUUGAUGAAGAAUGGCUCCACUAUCUUUGUACCCCAUAUCCCACACCAUACCAUCAAUUGAAAAGUCCCGUCCCCCCCUCACAUAUUAACUUCCUGUUUGUGGCACAUUAGUAUAUCACCAACCAUUCCCAUUUUAUUAAGGUGCAUCCAUAUAAAUGGCCCACCCUGUAUAUUGUCAGCACCCAUAUAUUUGAUUACCUUUUUGGAUUGAGCCCACCAAAAUUGUGUCGACAACUGGGGAAAUAAAUCUUUAUGGCCAGGCCAUAAACUGUACCUGUUAUUUAAAGGGGUACUCCGGGGAACUAAACCCAUAUCCCAUCCUUUCCCUCUCACCAACCAAUGUAUGUGUCUAAAUAUCAUUCAUUAGCUAUAUACAGCAGUUUCCCUCUUUCAGCUGUCACUUGCAGGCAUGAAAUUAGAGAAAAAUGUAAUUCUCAACUCCACUUGCCUUGGUGUAAACCCCCUCACUGAGACUAAUCCCCACCCUUCAGGGCAACACCACCUAAUUUCUGUCUGACUUCUGUUUGGUCCAGAGCUCUGUCUGUACAGCCACACCUCCCCUCCCUGUGUGAGGAUCUUGUGAGCUGUGAAAGAAAAGCAGUGAAGAUUCUCAGUCACAACUGCGUACAUAGCUGUUUUUCUGCUGAAUAUGUAAUCACUGACUUCUGCUAUUCAGAGCCAAGCAAGAUUUAUUGCUGGAGGAAGGAUAGUCUGAAAGAAAAGACAUGUACAGUGUGUCUGUGAGCUGCAGUAUGAACGUGCACACAGAUAGUGAAAGCAGUUGGCCGGCAGCCAUUACACAGCUGCACUGACUUCUGGAAGUUGUAAUCUGUGCUGCAAACAAGGAAAAAGUAUUUAGGGGACAUCAGGGGCCAAAGGAGCUGCAAAAACCACAUGAGUAACUACAGAGGACACAGAACAGGUAUUAUGGUGGCUUUGGGCAUUUUUAUUUUUCUUCCCUGGAGUACCCCUUUUAACCACUUAAGGACCAAGGACGUGCUCGUACAUCCUAGCUCCCUGGUACUUAAGGACCAAGGGCGUAAGUCUGUGGGAAUUUCAGUCCCCGCUGGGCGGGGACUGGACUGGGGUGACUGCUGAUAUCGAUCAGAAGGCACCCCACAGAAAUGCCCAGGGGGGGGGGUCAUCAGACACACACAUCCUCCCCCCCAUGUCGGCGAUCGCCACAAAUUGGCGGUGAACUCACACCGGCGAUUUGCGCCGAUCCCGGGUCUAUGGUCCAAGACACCCAGGAUCCCCCAGAAGGGGUAGGGGUGCCACCCCUCCUAUCCCUGCUAUUGGUCAUCUAGAAGCGAUUACCAAUAGCAGAUUGGGGGCGGGGAGGGGUCAACUUUGUUUCCCUUUUCUGCCCACCCACAAUAGGCCGGAUAGAAUGGGGAAACCGAAGUGGAACGGCGCCGAAGUCCACUUACCCAUCGGAUGCAGCAGCAGGCGAUGAUCGGUGGCGGUAGCAGAGGACGGCGAUGCAGCUCCCUGGAUCCUACGGAAGCCUGUAAGUUGUCUAGCAACAUCUGGAGGACCACAGUUUGGAGAUCACUGUGCAGUGGUCCCUAAAUUGUAGCCCUCUAGAUGUUGCAAAACUGCAAAUCCUAUUAUGCCUAAUCAGAAAACAGCUGUCUCGGUAAGCUGGGAGUUGUAGUUGCAUACCUCAGCUGUUGCAUAACUACAUCUCCCAGCAUGCCCUUCGGCGAUCAGUACAUGCUGGGAGUUGUAGUAUUGCAACAACUGGAGGCACACUGGUAGGUUCUGUUACCUAACUCAGUAUUUUACCAAACUGAAGUUUUUCCAACCAGUGUGCCUUCAGCUGUUGCAAAAGUACAACUCCCAGCAUGCACGGAGUGUCAGCACAUGCUGGGAGUUGUAGUUUUGAAACAGCUGGAGGUUUGCAGGGUACAUUCACACGUGCAAGUUUGAGCUGCGGCAAAUUUUCGCCACAGAGCAAAUUCACCGUAACCCGUCAGUGCGAACUUAACCUAAAAACGCUACACUAUACAUAAAGGGUAAAACACUACAUAUACAUGCCCUUACAUUGUCCUCCUCCUCCCUCCCCCCCCCCCCCAAUAAAAGUGAAAAAAUGUAUUGUACGGCAGUGUUUCCAAAAUGGAGCCUCCAGCUGUUGCAAAACAACUCCCAGCAUUUCCUGACAGCCACUGACUGUCCAGGCAUGCUAGGAGUUUAGACACAGCUGGAGACACCCUCUUUGAGAAUCACUGGCGUAGAAUACCCCUAUGUCCACCUCCUAUGCAAUCCCUAAUUUAGUCCUCAAAUGCGCAUGGUGCUCUCUCACUUCGGAGCCCUGUCGUAUUUCGAGGAAACUGUUUAGGGCCACAUAUGGGGUAUUUCCGUACUCAGGAGAAAUUGCAUUACAAAUAUUGGGGGUCUCUCCUUUUACCCGUUAUAAAAAGUAUGGGGCAACACCAGCUUGUUAGUGUAAAAAAAAAAAAAAUUUGACAACAAGGCUCAGGAGUGAGAGCGCACUAUGUACAUUUGAGGCCUAAAUUGGUGAUUUGCACAGGGGUGGCUGAUUUUACAGCAGUUCUGACAAACGCAAAAAAUACCCACAUGUGACCCCAUUUUGGAAACUGCACCGCUCACGGAAUGUAACAAGGGGUAUAGUGAGCCUUAACACCCAACAGGUGUUUGACACAUUUUCGUUGGAUGGGAAAAUGAAGAAAAAAAAGACUGUCAGGGAGCGAGCGCAGGCUGAAUGAAUUAGGACUGAUGCCCGACCGGCAUCGGUCCAAAUUCAUGCGUGACGUCAUGCUAGCCUGCAGCUGGCCACUAGGAGGGAGACCCCUAGUGGCCGGUUUUCAAAUGUAAAUUAAACAAUUUUAAUGGAAAAAAAAAAUGAAUGUAUAUUAGAGAUGUUGUAGUACAUAAGUACAACAUAUUAAAAAAAAAAAAGUUUGACAGUGCCCAUUUAAAGAAAUUUAGCUGUCCCUUCUAAAUAACUUGUGUGGUUCAGAUGGUAUCAAGAAUGUAAGAAGUACAAAGACAAGUGCAUCUUGUCUACAGUCAAGCAGUGGUGGGAAUGUCAUGGUAUGUAUGAGUGCUUCUGGCAAUGGGGAGCUAUAAAUGCCAACCUGCACUGUGACAUACUGAAGCAGAGCAUUACUUCUUCCCCUCAGAGACUGGGCUGCAGGGCAGUAUUCCAACAUCAUGACUAAGAACACACCUCUAAGACAACCACUGCCUUGCUUAAGAAACUGAGGGUAAAGGUGAUGGACUGGCCAAGCAUAUUUCCAGACCUUAACCUCAAUGAGUAGCUGUUGGGCAUCCUCAAACAGAAGGUGGGGGGAGUACAAGGUCUCCAACAUCCACCAACGUCGUGAUGGAGGACUGGAAAAGACGUCGUUGGCAACCUGUGAAGCUCUGGCAAACUACUUAUCCAAGAGGCUUAAGGCAGUGCUGGAAAAAUAAUAGUGGCCAUACAAAAUAUUGACACUUUGGGCCCAAUUUAGACAUUUCCACUUACGGGUGUACUCACUUGCCAUGGUUUAUACAUUAAUAGCUGUGUGUUGAGUUCAUUUGAGGGGGCGCAUCAUCAAACAGGAUGUGCGCUCACUAUUUUACAUUGUAGCAGAGUGUCAUUUCUUCAGUGUAGUCACAUAAGAUAUAAUAUGUACAAAAAUGUGAGGGGUGGAUUCACUUAUGUAAGAUACUGUAUAUAUUGGAGAUCGUGAUGUCUGGUCAAAGGUGGUGAACUCACGCGGGGGGGCGGAGACUAGAUAAUAGUUAGAGAUGAGCAAAGUUACAGUGAUUUGAUUCGUCACAAACCUCACAGCUUGGCAUUUGCUGACGUUAGCCUGCAUA